AUGGCCUUCCCGCUGAACACCCUCGUGUGGCUGAAGCAGCCAGAGUACCCGUGGUGGCCGGGGAUGGUGCUUGACCCAGCCGCGCUGGAGAUGGUGGUGCCUGCGGGGUACGACACCUGUGUGCUCUGUUUGCCGUCCGCGUCCUCCAGCGUGGCGUUUACAAACAGCAGCAACACCGAGGAGCUUAUCCGGUUUAACCCGGCGACGGACGCGGAACUGCUGGAGGCAGGAAAAGAAAGUUCUGAAUGUGCCGCGGCCAUAGAGGAGGCACUGAGUGUCUACAGACAGCAGACACAAGGGAAGGAGGAGGAGGAGGGGAGGGGAGCCGCCGAACACAGAGAUGGAGAGCGCAAAGGGCGGCACGUGCGGAAGGGAGACGCGCCGCGUAGGGCGGCUAAACAUGAAAAUAAGCGACAUAAGCGGCGUGAACGCAAUGAGUCGCCUCCCGUGGAGCGGCGUAUCCGCCACGAAAAUAAGAAAAGUGACAAGCGUAAAUACAAGGAGCACAACAAUGCUGAGAGUGACACCAUGGAGGAUUUAAUUGAGAGCGACUAUGACCGGAAAUGUAGCAAAAGCACAAAGAAUAAACUGGGCGAGAUGGGAACUCUCGGCACAGUGGAUCAAUACGACAAAGAGUCGCGGUAUGUGCCAACUCAUCAGGAAGAAGAUGCAGUCUACUUGGAGCACAUGCUCCGUGAGAGACGCCAAGCUGCAUCUGAUACGACACUUCAAAUUAUACGAAACAAGUUGGAGGCGUUGGCAGUGGCUUGCAACCACGGGGGCGUAAUUUCCGUCAGCGAGGCGGCAGAGGAGGCACUCCUUGACGCACUCUCCCCGCUGUCACUCGUGAGCAUCACCCUUGACCAACUUCACCGUCUUAAGAUAGGUGUUGUUGUGGGAAAAUUCCUCAUGAAAGACUACCCCGUCCGUGUUGUCUCGCUUGCUUCAGCGAUUCUCACGUACUGGUUUCGCCAACUUCCACCUGCAACGCAGCAGCGUUUGAGUACACAGUCAGCACUUGAACUGGCGUCAAACGAGACAACAAUUGGCUCGGAGUGCCAAGGCCUUUCGCUGGGCGCAUUGGGUGUGCAGCUGGAGGCCUGCUUCACCGAUGAGGAGGUGUACGACACAAUCAACGAACCUGUUGUCGUCGCAAGGGGCAUUGAAACGGAGCUUGAGGCCCUGGGUGACGAGGAUGUCAGCAAGGAGGUCCUUACUGCAUUGCGUGAUAGCCAAAACACAGCUCUGCGCCGAGGUCUUCUCGACGGCUCCGUCACAGCCAAGGAACUUGUCGCGAACCCUGGCAACCCGAAUGCUCUACUGCGGGACCCUGAUGCUUUCUCGCCCUCAAUGUCAGGGCGUUCGCCGGUAGAGCCGGAGUCCCCGCUGGCAGAUGGACAUGAUUUCACGAAUUUCACGACACUUUACGUAUGCCCUGAGUGUGGGGCUCGCGAGGCGAUUGCCAACGAGUACUCGGUGCAGGCGCACGACAACAUGGCAGUUUUCGUGCGAUGUCUCAAAUGUGGUGAAACCUGGAAUGUGGAGACGUAG